UCCUCACUGCUUCACUCUCUCAUUCUUGGAAUGAAUUUGGAAAUGACUUUUGAUGACCUCAAGAGCAAAACUGUGAAGGAUCAGCCUGAACAGAAGGCAAAUGGAGAGAAAGCUAAAGGUCUUCAAUUUCUUUCUUCUCGAUGGUGGUGCCCUGUUUCUGUGACUCUAGGGAUCCUUUGCCUGGGAUUACUGGUGACUAUUAUAAUGCUGAUAAUGCAAUUAUCCCAGGUGUCUGAUGACCUACAGCAACAGCAAGCAAACCUUACUCAGCAGGAACAUAUCCUGGAGCGGCAGAUCUUAGCCCGGCGGCAGGCAGAAAAAUCUUCCCAAGAGUCACAAAGGGAACUCAAAGACAUGAUAGAAACCCUUGCCCACAAGCUGGAUGAGAAAUCCAAAGAACUAAUGGAACUUCGUCUCCAGAACCUGAAUCUCCAAGAAGCUCUGAAGAAAGCGGCAAACUUUUCAGGUCCUUGUCCCCAAGACUGGCUCUGGCAUGAAGAAAACUGUUACCUAUUUUCCUCUGGCUCACUGAAUUGGGAAAAAAGCCAGGAGAACUGCUUGUCUUUGGAUGGCCAGAUGCUGAGAAUUAAUAGCACAGAUGAUCUGGAAUUCAUCAAGCAAGCAAGUGCCCAUUCCAGUUCCCCAUUCUGGAUGGGACUGUCUCGGAGGAAACCCAGCCACCCAUGGCUCUGGGAGGACGGUUCUCCUUUGAAGCCCCACUUGUUUAGACUGCGGGGAGCUGUUUCCCAGGAGUACCCUUCAGGCACCUGUGCAUACAUACAAGGGGGAGCUGUUUUUGCUGAGAACUGCAUUUUAACUGCAUUCAGUAUAUGUCAGAAGAAGGCAAAUCUAUUGAGAGCACAGUGAAUUUGAAGACUCUGAAAGCAAAGGAGGAGAAAGCCUUCGAAUUCUCUCCUGGAAUUUAAGCCAUUCUUUGUCACUUAGGUGCAACCUGUGAGAGCCCUGAGAACUGCCUGUUACUAGCUGACUGCAGAACUCCUUAGCAGAGACUGGGGCUCCAGCUGUUUAACACUUUGAUAUCAGGAGUUUUGAUUCUAUCUCUCUCUCUAUUUUUUUACGUAACUUGUCCCAAGCCUCCCUGCCAGCCUUUGAUUCCACUUCCCUUUUUUGUUUUAAAGUUUCACUCCUCUCCAAGCCUUGGCUGUCCUCUGUUCUCAGUCAUCUCUACCUCAGUGCUUCCCCUCACCCUCAAAGACCACAUAGAAGAUAGACAAUGGACAGCUUGCCCAACUGUAGGCAGAGAGCAGAAAAGGGGAAAUACACAUGGGAAACAGAGAAUAUGAAGAAAUAGAGCAGAGGAAAGACCAUAUUGGAAUCAAGAAACGUUCUCAAUAUUAAAAGCUACCACUCCUUGUUUUUUUUAAAAUUCUUGUUUCUCUCCAGGCUCCACCACUUACACAUACUUACACACAGACCCUUAACACCCCAUUCUCACAUUUUGGGGCAAUUGGGAUGUCCCAGGAAAUAAUUAGAAAUUGGAUGAUCUUUUCUGUGAACUAGUUCACAAUUCAUUAUUGGUUCCUGAAUUGGUUAUUAUUGCUUCAUCUUUUCUCUACCAAAAGAUGGCUUAACGCCUUUCAUCCUUCAGAAUAGUAUUUGUUAGAAUCAUGUAGUAAAUGGCCCAGAGGGACUAAGAGAAUUUUUUUCCCCUAAAGUAUAUACCCUUUGUAGAUGACCUCUUCUCAAUUAUGUUAUACUAUGCUAUGAUGCAGAAACAUACAGGAUCAAAGAAUGAAGACACUCAGUUCUAGAACAAACUGAGCCAAGCAGGGAAAUAUUGCUGAAUAGAAACUGAUGGAAUUAGAAAAUUCGUUCUAUUUUCAGUGUUUCUACUCCCUUUCUACAUCACUGUACAGGUUAUUCUACUUCAAAGGAAGCCUUUCCAUAUUGUUGUACAUAAGCUAGCACCAAUUUUAUAUAUAAAGAAAAAGUUGUAUCGUCCUUAGGAAGACAAGAGGUAUUUUCUUUUAUUAACAACCUUAUUGAAGUUUAAUUUCAUAUAACAAACUGAACAUAUUUAAAGUGUACAAUUGUUGUUUCCUCAUAUGUAAACGUGUUCCCUUGAAAUCACCAUCACAAUUAAGAUAGUGAACAUAUCCAUCAUCCCCCCAGAUUUCAUCAUGCUCCUCCCUAGUGGCUUCUCCCCAGACAACCACCAACCUGAUUUAGUUUGCAUUUUGUAGUAUUUUAUAUAAAUGGAAUCAUACAGAAUGCCUUAUUUACUUUUGGUCUAGUUUCUUUCACUUACAUGAUCAUUUUGAAAUUCAUAUAUCUUGUUGCUUGCGUCAAUUUUUCAGUCUUCUUAAAUGUUGAGUAUUGUUUCUUUGUAUGGGUAUACCACAAUUUGUUUGUUCAUUUACCUGUUGAUGACAUUUGGGUCGUUUUCAGUUUUUGGCUCUUACAAAUAAAGCUACUUUGAACAUUCAAGCGCAAGUCUUUGUAUGAACAUAGGAUUUCUCUUCUUUUGGUUAAAUACUUAAGAGUAUAAUGGCUGGAUCAUUCAGUAGGAGUAUGUUUAACUAUUUAAGAAACUACCAAACUGUUUCCCAAAGUUGUCCCAUUUUACAUUCCUACCAGCAGUGUACAAAUGUUCCAGUUCCAUCUUAUCCUUGCCAUAACUUGGUGUAGUCUGUCUUUUAAUUUAAUCAUUCUAAUAGGUGUGUAGUGGUAUAUCAUUACAGUGUAAUUUGCAUUUCCUAAAUGAAAAAUGAUCCUCAGAUGUUUUUCUUUACCUAUUUACCUAUAGUGAUUAUUUACUAUCCACUUAUUUUCUUUGAUAAAGUCACUGUACAAAUCUUUUGAGAAUUUUUAUUUUAGUUAUUUGUUUUCUUAUUGUUAAGUUUUGAGAGCUCUUUGUAUGUGCUGGAUAGAAGUCCUUUAUCAGAUAUCAUUUUGAUAAUUUUUUUUCAGUCUAUGGCUUACCUUUUUAUUCUCUGAACAGUAUACUCAGAAAAGCAGAAGUUUUAAAUUUUGAUGAAAUCCAUUUCAUACUUUUACUAUUGUUUCUGAAAACUUGUUGCCUAACUCAAGGUCACAAAAAUGUUCUCCUAUGUUUUAUUCUGGAAAUUUUAUAGUUUUAGAUUUUACAUGGCAAUCUAUGACUCAUUUUGGGUUAAUUUGUGUCAUGUAUUGAAAUUAUUUUUUUUUCUUUUUGCCUUUAGAUAUUCAAUCGUUUUAGGAAGAUUUGUUGAAAAGAUUAUUCUUUCUUCACUACAUUGUCUUUGUGCUUUUGUCAAUAAUCAGUUAUCCAUAUAUGAUGCAUAUAUUUCUGGACUCUCUAUUCUGUUCCAUUGAUCUAUUCGUAUAUUUUUACACCACCACACUAUUUUGAAUAGCGUAGUUUUAUGAUAUAUCCUGAAAUCAUGUAGUACUAGUCCUUCAACCUUGUUCUUUUGCAAAGUUGUUUUGACUAAUCUAUGUCUUUGUGUCCCCAUGUUAAUUUUUGAAUUGGCUUGUCAGUUUCUUUAAAAAAAUCUUUUGAAAUCUUGAAUGUGAUUGCAUUGAAUCCAUAGUGCAAUUUGGGGGAAAUUGAAGUCUUAAAAAUAUUUAUUUGUUCAACUCAUGAACAAGGUCUAUCGCUCUAUUUACUUAGGUAUUCUUUAAUAUCUCUAAGCAAUGUUUUGUACUUUUCUGUGUACAGAUAUUUCACAUAUUUUGUUAGAUUAUUGUUAUAUAUUUCACAUUUUUGAUGCUUUUAUAAAUGGUAUUGUUAUUGUUUGUAAUUUUAAUUUCCAAAGUUCCUUUGCUGGUGUAUAGAAUUAUAACAAACUUUUUAAUAUUAACCUUAUAUCCCGAAGCUUUGAGAAACUCACUUAUUUCUUCUAGUAAUUUUUUGUGUGUGGAUUCCAUUGGAUUUUCUACA